GCCAUCCGCACCUCCCAUGUAUAGGAUGUGCCAGCAGUAAUUCUGUCACUCUCAGGUCACUAUACACUCAUGUGUCGUCUGAGCUGACACCCGUCGACGCUCCCGAAUCCGCAUUGGUGUCGGCGGGAUGGGAGGACAAUUGGCCUUGGUUCGCCAUGCAACCUUCCGACUUACCGCACCUGGCACCGAGUCAGAGACGAAAUGCAUGGAAAACUAUAAAGACUUACGGGGCUGUCGGCACGCCCCAUACCGGUUGUCUCGUCAUUGACUGCACAAAGCACGAGCAAAAUAUUACUCUCCGUAGCGAAAUCCUGAUCCCCUUGUUUUUCAUCAGAAAUUGUCUGAAUAAGGUACCGAAAAAGUGCUCGGGCCGAACAUUGCCUGCAAUCGGCUUUUCAAUCGGGCACGACACAGCUCGCAUCACUCAGAUGUGGUGUGGCACCAAGGGCCGGGUGACUUUCCGCCAGUCAAGGGUGUUGAAGCUAGACUACCCCUUGUUGAACCGCGACGCAAAAGACAUCUUUCUCCUUUUGCGGUGGAUGACAUGCACGCCCAUUGACGCCGACGGCACCAACCCCCCGCUCGUGAAAAAGAAGAUCUCUAGAGUGUCGGGCUCCCUUCCGACCACCGGGAGCCCUCUGCGCUCCAUGGCAACUAUCCCUCAUCAUCUCGCCAACGCUCCCGCGGUAAGCAGCCCACUCAAGACGAGCAACACUCCCGGGGCGAACGUUCUUGAGGAGGGAAAGACUGCCACCGGGACCAAGGUUCUAGCGACAAACCCCGGCGUUUCCACGACUAGCACACACCCAGUGGCCGCUUCUCCCGAGAAAGCCACUACCACGAAAGCCAAUCCAGUCAUUGCUCUGAAAUAGGUGGACAGCGGCCGGGGCUGGUCCCCGAUUCUGCCGCAGGAUCGCAACGGAUGGCAUCUGGCAAAGGACUAAUCACUGUACAAAUUUUGGCACUCUAUAGAUGGCGUUGGGGUUUCUGGGUUUGCUCUUG